AUGAAAACCUUCGUAAACCUAAGACUGCUAGUUUGGCUUUACAUCACCACAGUCAGUUGUGUCAAAGACGCCUGGCCCUGGAGCUCAUCAGUGAAAGAAUUUCGAUCAGCACAAGACGUUCGCUGGCAGACGUUGGUUCGUGCGCAGUUGGUGUUAAAGGAAACAUCCCAAGAUGAAAAUCCAUUUUUCUUCUUUGGUAACCAAGCGAAGCAGAAGAAUUACGAGCAAAAGCUUGUUCAAAUGGUAGAACAAAAUCCCCAUAUCAAACAUCUUCAAACCACAAUACUUAGUGUUCGACUUCAUCAAUAUCUCCCAGGACCAGACAACGCACUGGCAAUCUUCGAUGCAUUUAUUGACACAAAUAGGUUCGAAGCCAACUUCGUGGAUCCACUAACAAAGCGAGACUUGGAUAAUGUGGCGGAAUUUAUAAAUGUCGGUUUCAAUCAUUUUCCCGGUUACGAAGCGUCAAUCAGUUUAACAGAUUUAUUUCACUUCGAUUCGUUCGGCGAGGAAAUAAUUGGCGUCUCAGGAUUCGUUUACAAGAAUGACAACUUGCAACCUUACGAUCCGGCAGCUGAAAAUGAAGCUUCUGGAGCUCACUUCACUUCCAUUGAGAGCAUAAAGUAUUCGUUUACAAGCAUAAAAGGGAUUUUAUGGGAUGCGAUCAAAACGUUUUCAACCACUAUCUGCACUUACAAAUGGGGACUUUGGUUUGCUUUGGGACAGCCGUACACGUACUGCGAGAUGAUUUUGGAAUAUAACAAAAGCGCUCUUCUAAAUUAUCGCCCUGAACUGCUCUCUUACGACACAAAACCUUUUGAAAAAUUUUUCAAUAGCUGGUUUGAAGGACGCGUUUCGGGUUUUCGAACGGUCACAGUAAGAAAAAUGAGAAAAUCCACCCAAGCGAAUAACUUUGCUCUUCGCUUCGGUGGCUUCGUCUAUCACGAGGACAAACUUGUUCUUUACCGCACGCUUCCUCAGGGAGAGCUUGGCGUCGAGGCUCCUGAACAUAAGUGGUCUGUCACUCGUUCCCUUCUCAAUGCGUUAUUGCAAAGCAGAUUUGGUGGAGAGUUAUUCACCAUAAACACUGUCAGCUUACACAGUGUUGACCAGUUCCUUUACAGCGUAGUCAGGAUAACGGUGAAUGAGGUUGCUGCGUACAAGUUGUACCCCAACGAUGCGUAUUUGGAUGUGCGCCAGGCUGUUUUAGUUGAUGUCAACAACGAACUGCAAAGGGUACAUGGUCAAGGACUGCGACACGUUGCGCACGAAUGUGAGUUACGCGUACCUCCAUUCAUAGAAAUGCCGGUUGCAGUGGAAAUGACUAGAUGUUUGUGUAUGUUUCAUCUCCCGCUUACUUCGCUUCAUUUCAGAGGACCCGGCUGCCUGGAAAUUGCAAAGUAA